AUGGUUGUGUUGACUCGAAGUUCCGCCCUCUGCCUGGACCUCGUCGAUCACCCUGGUCUUGGUGAAUUAGAGUUCAGCGACGAAGCAAACGAUGAGAAUGAAAUCAUAGGCAGCGAUGAAGAGGACUCCGAUGAAGUUGAAGGUUUGCACGCCCUUCAGAACAUGCAGCGACUCCACAUUCCUAGCAUAUGA